AUGAGCGACGCAGACCUCGAUGCGCUUGACGGCAGGGCUCUCUGGAUUCAAGUCCUUCAGCAGAGGGUAGUGUCGGAGGGCGCGCGCGGUCAGGACGUCGAGGACCUUCUUGCUGAUGUUGAAGCUCUCCGUUUCGAGCUGGUAGCAGGAGGCGAACAGGAUGCGCUGGACACCUUCAAUCGACUCGAGCGUCUGGCUGUCGAAGCAGGACAGGUCUUAAAGCGGGACAGCAGUCUUGGGUUCCACGCCCCACGGUCGAAGAUCCAGCGCGCAGUCUUCUUUUCGCAGCCGUUGUCGUGCUGGGCACCACCGCGUCUGAAGGAGUGCGACGUGAGGGCAGCUCCAACACCAGCGGCGGGUGCAACGCGGUCAAGGACACGGUUGACGUACGCGCCGGCGGCGUCCGGUCGUGCGUUGAGAAGCUCAACAAGCGGCACGUCCGGAGACAGCGUGACGGCCGUCGGCUGCGCUUGGUCGGGCAGAGCGAGAGCGACUGCGAGCAAGGGGCACGUGGCGAAGUCGGCGUCUGGGAAGAGCGACAGCCCUUGCUCUUCCGACGUCUUCACGCGGACCAAGCGCAGGAAGAAGACGCCGGCACCGUCGAUGGAGAGGUUCCGUUUCUGGAUCAUCGAUAGGUCAGAUGCUCGCCCAAACAGGCACAAGAGACAGAGGAGGGCAGCAUCUUGGUAG